CGUAUUCAAAUGAAUGGCCCGAGGAAGACAGCUACCAGAGAUCCCAGGUAUUUCACCUGACUAACUUCCACCGUGCCAGUUCGCUGUAGGGUGCGGUGUGCCGCGAACAUUCUACGGCGUUUGGAUAACCCUUUUACCGGGAACUUCACGGUACAGGACGCGGACAUCUGGACUGCCUCACCGCGCCGGAAUGCUCUGAUUCUCGCUGCUCGAGCUUUUAGGGGUCGGAGGUCGUGUGGAAGAACCUGUUCCUUAUUUUGGUGUCAUCCCCAGACACAAGCGGUUGGUUGGAACGUACCCUGCACUGCCAGUGGCGUUCGAAAAGCCUCUGUUCUUAGAAACCGUGGACAGAUCAGUUCGCCGUAUUGGGACUUCUCUUUCUUUUUCUCAUAUCCUUACCACCCGUGUAUCCUGUGGUGAAGUUCUUGUUCAAUAUGCGUGUAGGGUUGUUGGAAGCGACGGGGAUACCGUGUCAGCGCGGGUGAGUGAUGUCUGUGUGUGGGGAGAGGCACACACCCACACACCGCUUUACUGGUGCAUGUCCUACUGAGAAUAUAUAUACUACCUUUACCUGCCUUUUGCAAAUAAACACUGCAGGACCUGCGUAAACACACAGGUGAAUUGUAGGGAUCUUCAAUAUGGGCAGCGGUGGAAGCAAGAAGAAACAGGACUCGAAUCAUUUGAUAAAGUCGUGUGCGGACCACUCCGGCGGCGUGAACUGUUUGUCGCUUUCUCGGGACGGGUCGCUACUGAUCACCGGGUCGGAGGAUCGCACGGCCCGGCUUUGGAGCACGCGGUCGCACGAGUGCGUCGGGGUCCUGACGGGACAUGCCGACUACAUCACCAGCGUCAGCUUCGUCGACAACUACGCUGUGACGUCCAGCGCAGACAAGACCAUACGGAAGUGGGACCUGAACUCUUGCGACUGUGUCCUCGUCUUCACCGGUCACUCCUCUCCAGUCAACAGAGUCACUGCAGGCAAGCUUACGGGAGGCUUGCUGUUCACCAGCUCGUACGACCGCACGGCGCGGUGCUGGCAGUUCGACUCCGGGGAGUGCGUGCAGGUGUUCCUCGGGCACAAGCGCGGCAUCACCCCGAUCAUUUUCGUCGCGCCCGACGGUGACAACUCGCCCAAGGCACAACACGACACAGUGGACGCCUCCAAAGACCUGGUCAUCACGGGCUCACUAGACAGCACGGCUAAAGCAUGGAGUUUGAACGGCAAGUGCAAAACGACAUUCAAGGGACACAAAAUGGCCAUCCUGUCCAUGGCGGUAGACCGGCAGGGCAAGACUCUGUUUACCGGCUCGCAUGACGCCAAUGUUAUGGCUUGGACGAUCGACACAGGCGAGGCGCUACGCACGUUCGAGGGCCACCAGGGAGGCAUCAUCUGUAUCGAGAUCAGUAACAAGUUGAUGUACACGGGCAGUUCUGAUCACACGGCGAAGUGCUGGGUGGUGGACUUCGGGGACCGCACCCGGGAAUACAAGGGACAGAAACACACCGUGUCCUGCAUGACCUUCCACGAAGGCGUCUUAUUUACAGGGAGCGGAGAUGCAUGCGCAAGGGCGUUUGAUGCGAAAUCGGGAGCGCUGAAGAGAACGUACAGGGGUCACGAGUACAUCAUUAAUGCUGUAGCGGUUGUAGACGGAAAACUCUUCACAGCGUCUCACGAUGGAACACUGAAGGUGUGGAACGCCGAGAACCUGGUGGCGGAAGACUGGGGCAAGCCCAAGAAGGACGAGGAAGACAAGGAGAACGCCAAGCGCAGAAACUCCAACAUCGACCAGCAGAGCUACCGCAGCAGGCCCUCUACCGGUUUGAGUGAGUACGACAAGCGGAGCCGCGAGAAAAUCGAGCAGGAAAGGAAAGAGCGGGAAGUGAUGGACAUGGUGUAGAACAGUGACAGACCUUUGCGACAUGUCGUGAAAUGCCACCAUUUUGCGGCAUGCCGUAGGCGUUCACCGAACAUGCGCCAUUUUCCUUUUCCUGGU